UGCUGCAAGUUCUCACUGGCUUGGUAGCGUUAACCAGGGCAUGGAUUGUCGUCCUGGGUCAGCCUUAUUUUGUGUUUUUGGAGAUUUCAGUUUGUUGAGGAACUUCCUCUCUAUCCGCCCCCCCCCCCCCCACCCGCCCAGAUUUGACCCCUGAUAGCUCUCUCCAUUACUCAGCUCGGAAGACAAGGGGAACAGUAGGGAGGCUUUGAGCUCAGAGAUAGGUCGGCCCCCCUGGGGGGGGGGGGGAACCCAGGCAUCCCAAAUUUGCCUGGCACUGUUGACUUUCCUGAUGUAAAAUCUACCAGAAACAAAGCGCCCAAGUGCUCAGCAUGGGUGAGCCGGCAGAGGACAGAUAACCACUCAGUGGUAGAAGCUCAAUUAAGGGGCUGCAGCGGCUUCGGCGGCACCUUGGCUCCGGAACGCGCCGCAGGCUGGAGGCAUUGCUGGCAGUCCAUGCUCGAAGACGAGGUGUGCAGAUGGGAGUGACGUCCACAUGGAGAUAUGGAAGAGGACGGGGGACUGGCACGGCCACGGCCGUGCUCAGCUGGGCCCGCUGGGGCUGCCUGGUCGCGGUCACCAUGGCAACCUUGUCCCUGGCCCGGCCCUCCUUCAAUUUAGUGGAGGAUACCACAUUAGAGCCGGAAGAGCCACCAACCAAAUACCAAAUCUCCCAACCUGAAGUUUACGUGGCCGCGCCCGGGGAGUCGCUAGAGUUGCGCUGUCCGUUGAGAGAUGCCGCCACGAUCAUUUGGACUAAGGAUGGGGUACACUUGGGGCCCAACAAUAGGACAGUGCUUAUUGGGGAAUACUUGCAGAUAAAAGGUGCCACACCUAGAGACUCCGGCCUCUAUGCUUGCACGGCGGCUAGGCCGGUAGACAGCGAGGCUGUCUACUUCAUGGUGAAUGUCACAGAUGCCAUCUCAUCCGGAGAUGACGAGGACGACACGGAUGGUUCCGAGGAUUUUGUCAGUGAGAACAGUAACAACAAGAGAGCCCCGUACUGGACCAACACAGAAAAGAUGGAAAAGCGACUUCAUGCCGUCCCUGCAGCCAAUACUGUCAAGUUUCGCUGUCCGGCUGGGGGAAAUCCAGCACCAACUAUGCGGUGGCUGAAGAAUGGAAAGGACUUUAAGCAGGAACAUCGCAUUGGAGGCUAUAAGGUGCGAAACCAACAUUGGAGCCUUAUUAUGGAGAGCGUGGUCCCGUCCGACAAAGGAAAUUACACCUGUGUGGUAGAGAACGAGUAUGGUUCCAUCAAUCACACGUACCACCUCGAUGUUGUUGAGCGAUCGCCACACCGGCCCAUCCUCCAAGCUGGACUGCCAGCGAACGCCUCCACUGUGGUCGGAGGCGACGUGGAGUUUGUCUGCAAAGUUUACAGCGACGCCCAGCCCCACAUUCAGUGGAUCAAACAUGUAGAAAAGAAUGGCAGCAAAUACGGGCCUGACGGGCUGCCUUACCUCAAGGUGCUGAAGCACUCGGGGAUAAAUAGUUCCAAUGCAGAAGUGCUGGCUCUGUUCAAUGUGACUGAGGCGGAUGCUGGGGAGUAUAUAUGUAAGGUCUCCAAUUAUAUAGGGCAGGCCAACCAGUCUGCCUGGCUCACUGUCCUGCCAAAACAGCAAGCUCCUGUAAGAGAAAAGGAGAUUACGGCUUCCCCAGACUACCUGGAGAUAGCCAUUUACUGCAUAGGGGUCUUCCUCAUUGCCUGUAUGGUGGUGACGGUCAUCCUGUGCCGAAUGAAGACCACGACCAAGAAGCCAGACUUCAGCAGCCAGCCAGCUGUGCACAAGCUGACCAAGCGCAUCCCCUUGCGGAGACAGGUAACAGUUUCCGCUGAAUCCAGUUCUUCCAUGAACUCCAACACCCCGCUGGUAAGGAUAACCACGCGCCUCUCCUCGACGGCAGACACCCCCAUGUUGGCAGGGGUCUCCGAGUAUGAAUUGCCAGAAGAUCCAAAGUGGGAGUUCCCGAGAGAUAAGCUGACGCUGGGCAAACCUCUGGGGGAAGGUUGCUUUGGGCAAGUGGUCAUGGCUGAGGCGGUGGGAAUUGACAAAGAGAAGCCCAAGGAAGCAGUCACUGUGGCCGUGAAGAUGUUGAAAGAUGAUGCCACAGAGAAGGAUCUUUCUGAUUUAGUGUCAGAGAUGGAGAUGAUGAAGAUGAUUGGAAAACACAAAAAUAUCAUAAAUCUCCUUGGAGCCUGUACUCAGGACGGGCCUCUCUACGUCAUCGUCGAGUAUGCCUCGAAAGGCAACCUCCGCGAGUACCUCCGAGCCCGAAGGCCGCCCGGGAUGGAGUACUCCUAUGACAUUAACCGAGUUCCCGAGGAGCAGAUGACCUUCAAGGACUUGGUGUCCUGCACCUACCAACUGGCAAGAGGCAUGGAGUACUUGGCUUCCCAGAAAUGUAUUCAUCGGGAUUUAGCUGCCAGAAAUGUUUUGGUAACAGAAAACAAUGUCAUGAAAAUAGCAGACUUUGGACUGGCCAGGGAUAUCAACAAUAUAGACUAUUACAAAAAGACCACAAACGGGCGACUUCCAGUCAAGUGGAUGGCCCCAGAAGCCCUUUUUGACCGAGUGUACACCCACCAGAGUGACGUGUGGUCCUUCGGGGUGUUAAUGUGGGAGAUUUUCACGUUAGGGGGCUCACCCUACCCAGGGAUUCCAGUGGAGGAACUUUUUAAGCUGCUUAAGGAAGGACACCGGAUGGAUAAGCCAGCAAACUGCACCAAUGAACUGUAUAUGAUGAUGAGGGACUGUUGGCAUGCGGUGCCCUCCCAGAGGCCGACGUUCAAACAGUUGGUAGAGGACUUGGAUCGGAUUCUCACUCUCACAACCAAUGAGGAAUACUUGGACCUCAGUCAGCCUCUCGAACAGUAUUCACCUAGUUACCCUGACACAAGGAGUUCUUGUUCUUCAGGAGACGAUUCUGUUUUCUCUCCGGACCCCAUGCCUUACGAACCCUGCCUUCCUCAGUACCCACAUGUAAACGGCAGAGUUAAAACAUGAAUGAGCUUGUCCUUCCGUUCCCACACAGGACAGCACCAGGGAGCUAGCCACACGAGCAGGGAGGCCAUGCCUCCAGGAGCUUGUUGGCUCCGCUUGUAUAUAUGGAUCAGAGGAGUAAAUAAUCGGAAAAGUAAUCGGCACACGUGUAAAGAAUUUAUACAGUUGGAAACUUGUAAUCUUCACCUGGAGAAGAAGAAUGUUUCUGGGGCCAUGGACUGCCAUGGGCCACCACGCGCCCACGACCCACUGUGGGUACUGGCUGUGGACCAGCUGGACUUGAGGCAAACUUAGGUUCUGCCUUCCUUGUGAAUUUUGUAAUAAUAGGAGAAAAUAUAUGUCAGCACACACAACGGCACAACUGCAGUAUAUAAGUGCUGGAUGUAUGUAAAUAUAUUCAAAUUAUGUAUAAAUAUAUAUUAUAUAUUUACAAGGAAUUAUUUUUUGUAUUGAUUUUAAAUGGAUGUCCCAAUGCACCUAGAAAAUUGGUCUCUCUUUUUGUAAUAGCUAUUUCCUAAAUGCUGUUCUUACACAGAAUUUCUUAAUUUUCACCGAGCAGAGGUGGAAGAAUACUUUUGCUUUCAGGGAAAAUGGUAUAACAUUAAUUUAUUAAUGAAUUGGUAAUAUACAAAACAAUUAAUCAUUUAUAGUUUUGUGGGGUUUUUUUGUUUUUGUUUUGUAAUUUAAGUGGCGUUUCUUUGCAAGCAGCACAUCGGACUAGUCAAUCUAUUGCUUGGACUUAACUAGUUAUCAGAUUCUUUGAAAAGAGGAAUAUUUACAGAAUAUGACUAAUUUGGGGAAAAUGAAGUUUUGAUUUAUUUGUUUUAAACCCUGCUGUCAGAUGGUUGUUCUUACACCACCAGAAUGCCAAGAGGAAACAAACCCAUUAAUAAGAGAGUAUUUUGUUUUGCUGUUCAGCUCUGUCAUUGGGCCCAAGGAACAUUUAACUGGACUUCCCAAGACAAAUGGGACCAGCGUUCUCUUAAAAAGAUGCCUUAAUCCAUUCCUUGAGGAUGGACCUUAGUUGAGAUGAUAGCCGACUGUCCUCCCCGGCAGCUGGUCUUCUGCGCUGAGUUGCACGUUAAUCAGAUUAGCCUGUAUUCUCCUCAGUGGAUUUUGAUCAUGGCUUCCAGAUUCAUUGGCGUUAGAGAAGGCUUUUAGAAUUGAAACCCUGAGUUGUUCUACUGAUAGUCUUUGGAGACACUUCCAUCUUUUUAAGGGAUUGCUUCUGUCUAAUUCUGGCAGGACCUCACCAAAAGAUUGGGCCUCAUACCAGCGUCAGACACAACGUUGCCAUGUUGUGCGUUCUGUAUGAAAGGAUUGUGUUUUGCUUUGGAAACACCUACUCACUCUGCUAUAGUCAUGCCACGUGCAGAUUACACUGAUUCUACUUGUUACAAAUUGGAGAAAGUAUUUAAUAAAUCCUGUUAAUUUUUAUACUGACAAUAAAAAAUGUUUCUACAGAUAUUAAUGUUAACAAGACAAAAUAAAUGUCACGCAGCUUAUUUUUUUAA